GUUGAUUUUCGGUUGCGGCAACGAUUCCUCUUCUUCAGCUUGCAAGCCUCCAAAUCUUGGUUUAAUACUCAUUUCAGCAAGCUUGAAACAAAGAGAUUUGUGGAUUUCAAAGGACAUAAUCCCAAAACAAACAAAAAAGAUCUUGAGAACCUGUGAGAAGAAAAAUAUUCAUACUGCUAUCAAGACUGUUGGAGAUAAUUUGAAGAAAUUAAAGGCUCAUUGGAAAGGUGAAAAGUGGCAAAAAAUUUCUACGAUUAAUAAACAAAACAGAAAUUCUCGAGUUGGACACAAUGUGCAUAGUGGAGGAUCUAUAUCCGCUAGAGAACAUGCCAAAAAAAUGAGGGUGGAAUUGCAUAGGGAACCAACAUGUUUUGAGCUUUACCAACGACUUCAUAGGCCUAAGGGAAAGCCAAAUGAGUGGUUUAAUGAAGAACAAGCUAAAAUAGCUGAAAUGUACCAAACUCAAAUGUUUGAGAAAAACUCACAAAGUGGUGAGGGUAGCAGCGAGCAAUCUACCCAACAAUCUGAUAACAAUAUAUACAUGGAAGUUGUAGGAGGCAUUAACAAGAAAGGACGCAUAUUUGGAUUAGGAUCUCAAGCUGCUACUAUCAAAGAAUCUUUAAAAUCAUCUUUUAUACCUAGUGAUGUGUCUUCAGAUAAAGUUGCUUCUAUGGAGGCUAAGAUUGAAGCGUUAACUGCCGAACUUGAGCAAAAGAAUCUUGAACAAGAAAUGUUAAGACAAAAGAUGGAGCAUUGGGAGCGAAUGUUUGAAAGAUUUAUGCCUAAUAUUAAUCAAAACUCUCCACUUGAACCUGAACUUGAAGGAGAAGGUGAUAAUGAAAAUAUUGAGAUGGGUGAUGGUGAACUUUAGUCUUAUUUACUUUGAUUUUUGUUAGAUCAAAUAUAUGGUCUUUAAUAUUUUGGACAUGUUAAAGUUUAAUAUCAUGGAAUGCUUUACUUAAUGAUUUGUAAGCACAACAUGUAUUUUGAAUAUGAAUUUUAGUCUUAGUUAUUUGAUA